UAACAAUUUAUGUUGAACAUACGUACGACGCAUCAUAUGCGACGUAUUCACGUUUUCGGAGGGAGAAAAAAUAUUUACCGAACUCUCAAAAGAGUUUUCGGAUUUGUAUGAUAUUUCUAUGCAGACAAAAAGUGCACGUAAUAAAAAUCAUUGACAUUCUUCAUUAAUUGGUAAUUUUAUUUUUAUUUUUUUAUUUUCCCUCAAUUCGAAUGCCACCUGUAGAGAAAUGCGAUGUCUACCUUACCAUCGUUACCAUUACACGGUAAUGUAGAAAACGACAUACUAUUGAUAAUAUUGUUACCAACCUUACCGUCAUAUCGGAAGAUAACACAGAAUUUGCUCAGAAAAGUCGUCUUUAUAAAAUUCGGAGUUCAAAGUUGGGAAUAAGAAAAAGUAAACAGUAAAACAGUGCGUAUGGAGUGGUUCGUUAUUUUUGUAAAGAAAUAAGAUUGUUCACUCGUUAACAAUCACUUCACUAUGUCGUCGAAAAGAAGAAUGCCGAAAAACAAAGCGCCUCCUCCAGUUGCUCCAGCGCGGGUGAAAAAAUCAAGCCCCGAAAGCAAAAGCUCGCCGUCCAGUAACUCAAACGAACAAAAACCGCAAACCGCGAGUGGCCUCGAUCAAGAAGCAGAAGAUCAGUUCGAGCUCGAGUUGUGCUGGUGCGUCCAGCAGUUGGAAGCCGCCCUGGCGGACAAAAAGCUCCAGGACAAGCAAAUUUUCAACAUGAGCAAGAGCUUGAACGUAUUAAAAAGCAACAACGCGUCGUUCAUCAAAAAACGGCAGGUAAUGAGGAACACGUUUGGCGAUUACAGGAUGAAAAUGGCAGAAGAUGAGAAGAAAUUCGCCAAGGUCUCGGCUACGCUGAAAUUCGUGGCACCAACUAAUAACAGCAAGCUGGAGAAGAAGUCGGUGUUUUUGAGAAAAGCUCGGAGUUCUACGGACGAGGGAUCAUUAAAGUGCUUAAGCGAACAAUUUGGUGGGAAAGUUUCCAUUGGCUCGGACGUUGCUGCGAAAGUGCCGUUUCAGUUUAAUUUUCCUCUCGUUGAAUCAUGAAAAAAAAAAAAAAGUUAUAUUUUGUACGUGUAAAUAUUUUUGUUUUUUUAAUAUAAAUAUAUUAUAUCUACCUGCUAUUUUUCGGGAUGUAUGAGGUGUAUAUGACACAAAAAUCAAAUGUUGUUCAA